AUCCAUUACACCCCAGUAUUUCAUCUUUCUCCCUCUGUUUACGUGCAGUUUCCUGCUGCAAAAUCUGACUAUCUUUUCUUCUUUGCCGGGUAGAGACUGAAAGAAGAAACAUGAUGCUGCCUGUCUCGAUGAUGUUACAACUCGGGUUCCUUCUUUAACUUUCUGGGUGUGUUUCAGUUUUUUACUGGGUAUGUUUUUUAUUUUCUGUUGGUUCGAUUAAUUGUUUUUGGGGUGUUUCUGUUUUCUGGUACCGGAAAAGGCUGCAAUAGGUGGGUGAUUGUGGUUUGGUUUGAUGGCUAAUAGUUUGGCUGGUGGGAUGAUUUCUGGGAUUGGUUCAGGGAUGUUGGGACUGGAGAUGCCACUGCACCCACAGGGGCCACAACACUCACAACAGCAGCAGCAGCAACAGCAACAGAAUACCCAGAACCCGCAAAACCCUCAUCAUGGGCACCCGCACCCACAUAUGGUUGCCUAUGCCCCUCAUGAUGCUGACCAUCACCAGCAAUCCCAGCAAUCUGUCAAACAAGGGUAUCAAUUUGUUGUUAAGUCCAAACAACCUUCACCACUUAGUGAUGACGAUGAGCCUGCUGAUGAUGGUGCAGGGGAUGCCAGGAGGAAAAUGUCCCCAUGGCAGAGGAUGAAAUGGACUGAUAACAUGGUUAGGCUCUUAAUUAUGGCGGUUUAUUACAUUGGUGACGAAGCUGGGUCUGAAGGAAAUGAUCCAUCUGGCAAGAAGAAGGCUGGUGGGUUGUUGCAGAAGAAAGGGAAGUGGAAAUCGGUGUCGAGGGCUAUGAUGGAGAAAGGGUUCUAUGUUUCACCACAGCAGUGUGAGGAUAAAUUUAAUGACUUGAACAAGAGGUACAAGAGAGUUAAUGAUAUACUAGGUAAAGGAACUGCUUGUCGUGUUGUGGAGAAUCAAUCAUUGCUUGAUGCCAUGGAUUUGUCACCAAAAAUGAAGGAAGAGGUGAGGAAAUUGUUGAAUUCAAAGCACUUGUUUUUCAGGGAAAUGUGUGCUUAUCAUAAUAGUUGUGGGCAUGGUACUGUGACAAGUGGUGCCAAUCAUUCACCUGAGGUGGCUCUCGAGCCAUCCCAGAUUCAGCUCCAGCAAGCUCAACAACAGAGUUGCUUGCAUUCAUCAGAUAAUGCUCAUGUUGCAGCCAAUUUGAGCAGAGUUGAAACAGAUGGAUCCAAAGUGGCGAAGGUGCAUAGUGAAGAAGAUGAGGAUGAUGAGGAUGAUGACUCUGAUGAAGAUGAGGAUGAUGAAGAAGAGACGAUAGAUGGUCACUCCAGAGGCCAUAGUUGGCAUGGACAAGAUGACGAAGAUGAGAAUGAUGAAAGGCCCUCACACAAAAGGACCAGAAAGGGAUCGCAUCCCUCAUUGUCACCAUUGAUGCAACAAUUCAGUGGGGAACUAAUAACAAUGAUGCAAGACGGGUCAAAGAGUGAUUGGGAGAAGAAGCAGUGGAUGAAGGUGAGACUGAUGCAAUUGGAGGAGCAACAAGUAGGCUACCGAUACCAAGCAUUUGAGCUUGAGAGGCAGAGACUAAAGUGGAUCAGGUUUAGCACCAAGAAGGAGAGGGAAAUGGAGAGGGCAAAGUUGGAGAACGAGCGAAGGCGUCUUGAGAUUGAGAGAAUGGUGCUGCUUGUGCGGCAGAAGGAGAUUGAGGUGCUUGAGCAUCAGCAUCAACCGCAGCAGCUUUCUUCUAGCAAGAGGGGUGACCCAUCUUCAGUUACUGUGUGAAACAUGGACAAUGUACAUCUGUAGGCUUUUGAUAGAUAAGACGAUCCUACGUCAAAAGGGUAUUUCUGUUUUUCUUGUUUGGAUUUUGCUUUAGAAAUUCAGCAUUAAUCUUAUGAAUUCGACAUAUCCUUCCCUGCACCUCUCUGGAAAUUCAUUUAAGCACACCAAGAAAGUUGACCUAUCCAU